AUGCCAGAUCACUUAGGAUCCGACCAGAGGAAAGUUAAAGAAGAGGACAAGGAGGACAAACCGAUACAAUCUUUGGAUGAAGGGGACAUCGCAUUGCUAAAAACCUAUGGAGCCGGGGCCUACAGUAAAUCCAUCAAGUCCACAGAAGAUGACAUCACAAACCUGGCCAAGAAGAUCAAUGAACUCACAGGUAUUAAGGAGUCAGACACCGGCCUGGCUCCCCCUGCACUGUGGGACUUAGCAGCAGACAAACAGACCUUACAGGGAGAACAACCACUACAGGUUGCUCGCUGCACAAAAAUCAUCAAUGCAGACAGCGACGAUGCCAAGUACAUCAUCAACGUGAAACAGUUUGCCAAGUUUGUGGUGGAUUUGGCUGAGUCUGUGGCACCUACUGAUAUAGAGGAAGGCAUGAGAGUUGGCGUGGACAGGAACAAAUACCAGAUCCACAUCCCGCUGCCUCCCAAAAUCGACCCAGCUGUUACCAUGUUACAGGUGGAAGAGAAGCCUGACGUGACAUAUUCGGAUGUUGGUGGCUGUAAGGAACAGAUAGAGAAACUGAGGGAAGUUGUGGAGACACCUCUGCUACAUCCUGAACGGUUUGUGAACCUGGGAAUAGAACCUCCCAAAGGUGUCCUGCUGUUCGGUCCGCCGGGGACGGGGAAAACGCUGUGUGCCCGCGCCGUGGCCAACAGGACAGAUGCGUGCUUCAUCCGUGUGAUUGGCUCGGAGCUGGUGCAGAAGUAUGUGGGAGAGGGUGCCCGAAUGGUACGAGAAUUGUUUGAGAUGGCCAGGACUAAGAAAGCUUGUCUCAUCUUCUUUGAUGAGAUUGACGCAAUUGGAGGUGCGAGAUUUGAUGAUGGAGCGGGUGGAGACAACGAGGUCCAGCGAACGAUGCUGGAACUGAUCAACCAACUAGACGGCUUCGACCCUCGCGGGAACAUCAAGGUCCUGAUGGCGACCAACCGACCCGACACGCUGGACCCCGCGCUCAUGAGGCCCGGACGACUGGACAGGAAAAUCGAGUUUGGUCUACCAGAUCUGGAGGGCCGGUCCCAUAUCUUUAAGAUCCACGCUCGGUCCAUGAGUGUAGAGAGAGACAUCCGGUACGAACUACUGGCCAGGCUGUGUCCAAACAGCACAGGUGCUGAGAUCAGAAGUGUGUGUACAGAGGCGGGCAUGUUCGCCAUCCGGGCCAGACGGAAGGUCGCCACCGAGAAGGACUUCCUCGAGGCGGUCAACAAAGUCAUCAAGUCCUACGCUAAGUUCAGCGCAACUCCCCGAUACAUGACCUACAACUAAAACUAAACACCACAAACUUACCAUCAGUAAAGGAUAGAAUAUUGAUACUUUGUAGCACUCAUGUAUGUCUGGUGUCUUUUGUUUCAAGUGAGUGAUCAGACAAGAUCACAAAUUUGUCAACAAAGUCAUCAAGUCCUACGCUAAGUUCAGUGCCACUCCCCGAUACAUGACCUACAACUAAAAUUAAACACCACAAAGUUACCAAGCACCAUCAGUAAAGGAUAGAAUAUUAACACUUUUUAUAGCACUCAUAUAAUGUCUGGUGUCUUUCGUUUCAAGUGACUGAUCAGACAAGAUCACAAAUUUGACAAUACAGUGUACUACAUUUUCAAAUUUAAGUAUAGAACAAAGAAUAUUGUUCUGAUUAGCCUGUAAAGACGACAUUAUGGAUGAUGUGUCUUGUCUGGUUGAAAUGCCUUUUUUCCAGAAUUUACAUACUCGCUAAAUCUGGUACUUUCAAAGUUAAGAUACAGAGUACAAUAAAAAUGUGUAUGGGCUA